AUGUAUGGGGAACUAGUCACAAGGCUUUCCAGAAGUGUAGCUCUACAGGGUCAGGCAGUGUACGAUUAUGAGAAAGCAAAUCAGCCCGAACACCAGAAAAAUGCGUUCACUACACAACGUCAAGUUCUUUGGACCAAACCGGAAGCAGGGUGGAUUAAAGUAAAUGUGGAUGCAGCUUUGAAUAAAAAAGAAGGAGUGAUGGGCUUCGGUCUAGUCAUGCGUGAUCAGGAAGGAACAUUCUUAGCUGCAAAAUGCAUUAGAAAGAGGGGCUUGUGGGAAUCAGUUGUGGCUGAGGCUUUGGCACUCUACCACGAGACUGUAUUUGGGAGGGAGAAAGGAGUGCAGCAUAUUGUUAUUAAAGGAGACGCAAAGCAAAUUACUUAUGCUAUCCACGAGAAGGGGCUGAAUACUAGUAUGGUGGGACACCUGAUUGGUGAUGUCAAGCUAAACUUGAAUAUUUUCCCUAGGUGGCAAGUUAACCAUGUACAUCGUGAGGGGAAUAGGGUGGCUCAUGGCUUAGCAAGAAUGGCCCUUCAACAGGUCAAUGAUACUGUAUGGAGUAAGGAGUGUCCAUCUUGUAUCAGAGAUAUUAUAUUGACAGAACAGUUGCUCUAUCAAUGA